AUGACUCAGAAAGCAGUGCCUUUGGUUGUUGGGUACUUUGACACAAGCACUGCAGAGUUCAUGGGUGGAUCUGGUUCAGGCCAUCAUCUCAGUGAAAAUCAUUUGAAGCACUGGGUGGUGCAACUGCAAUAUUUAUCUUUCCUUUCAGUUAGUCACAAUAAGCUAACUAAUAUCACUGCCACAAUCAAAAUUUUGAUGCAUUGCAACAGUCUCGAGGUUGCCAUCCUUGGAAACAAAUUUUUGAAAGAGUCCAUGCCAAAUAAUGUUAGUAUGAUUGAUACAGAUGGAUUUCAAAAUCUCCGAUUCUUGGGUCUUUCGUUCUAUUCCCGAUUGGUUGUCAGCCCUCCAAGACUCAGCGUUAUAUUGUUGCAGGAUAACCUCUUGUCAGGUUACUCUGAUCUUAGCCAUAACAAGUUGACAGGCACCAUUCCAACCCAAAUAUUAGAGCUCACAGACUUGGAAUAUUUGGAUCUAUCUGAAAAUCAUUUGUAUGGUGAAAUACCAGUAUCAUUAAUUAGCUUGCAUUUCCUACGUCAAUUUAGCAUAGCAAACAAUAAUCUCCAUGGAGCAAUACCAGUAGGCACUCCAACUCCAGACUUUUGAUGCCUCUGCAUUUGAGGGCAAUCUAGGACUUUGUGGAAACCCACUUCCUCCAUGUAGCCAUCUUACAAGUAGCAAACAAGACGAGAACAUUCAAGAGGAGGAAGAUAGACAUACAAUUCCAUGGUUUCAUGUUACUGUGGUGCUUGGCUUCGUUAUAGGAUUUUGGGGAGUGUGUGGUCCUUUAGUUUUAAAUCAAAAAUGGAGAGUUGCAUAUUUUCGAUUCCUCGAUCAGCUAAAAGAUAGGUUCUAUGAGAAACUAGAAGUGUUUUGGUCAGAUUGAUCAAUGAAAGGAUAUAAGUGUAUGGUCUUGAUCUUCUUUGAAUUUAGUUUGUUGUCAGUUUAAAAUCUCAAGUUCCACUUUGAUUGCUUUA